CUCCUAUCCACGCAACCGUCCGUCAGUCAGGUCAGCCCCACUGGCUGGCCGAGGUGAGCUGCAUCAUGAGCUCCUUGCCCUCUUUGGACGUCCUCGUCGACGGGCCCCCCAGCUGGUCGGCCUCCUCCAGGAUGUCGGGCGACAGCUGCUCGAUCGGUGCGUCGUCAAUCUCGCCCAUCGCCCGGUCGGUGGCCUGCAGCGCCCCCAUGAUGGCGGCGAUCUGCUGGCGGAACUCCUCCCGGCCCUUCUUCUCUCGCAGCAGGUUCUGGUCGAUGGUCGUCAUGUGGUGGGCCAGCUUGUGGCUGUCGUCCCGGAGGCUCUCGGUCUCGUUCAGGAGCUGCCGCAGCUCGCUCUCCUGCGCGUUGAGUCUGCGGCAGAGCUGCGCACGGAGUGUGUUGGACUUGUCGACGAGGUAGUGGAGGGCCUCCUUGGCGGCGGUGAAGGACGCCUCGAGGAGGCGGACCUCGGCCUUCUUCUUCUCCAGCUGGGCCUCGAUGUCAGUCACCUUGGCCUGCACCGAGGACACCUCCUCGGUCUUCUUGUCUACCUCACCAUCGGCCUGGCGGCACAACGCCUGCAACUCGGCCGCCUUGCGCACCAUCGCCUCAGGGUCACUCUGACACAUACAUACACAGAGAGAAAGAGAUGAGAUGGGUGCAUGUCUGUUCGUCUGUGAUGUUUGCCCAUCCAUCCAUCCAUCCAUCCACCUGUAGAGCGAGUUGCUGCUGGAGGUUCUGCAGGUCAGCCUCUAGUCUCUUGACCUCCUGUUCGAUCUGCUUGUGCUUGUCCUGCAGCUGGCGGAUGGACCGCAGCGUGUCGUCGGUCCUCAGGGGUUGCAUCCGCUGGCGCACCCAGUCCAUCUUGGCCUUGAUCAGCCGACGGAACUCACGAGACGUCUCAGACGCGUCACCUGAGGCCGUCAUCAAAGCCUGCACCGACUCGUCCAUGACCAGAGACGGGAUCUUGGCAGCCAGGGAGGCGAUCUUGGCGGCAUUGCCCAGCUCCUCGGCUGGCUCCUCCUGGGAGGAGGAGGAAGGGUGACCGUGGGCCGUAUCGGCGGUGGAUGCAGCAGCUGCUGCUGCCGCGGCGGACACGUGUGUGAGAUGGUGAGCUGUGUUGGAGGGGCUGCCGUCGCCGGUGCCGUCACCCGUGCCGCCACCCGCUAUGCGGCUAGAUGAGGCCGGUGCGUGCGAGUGGGGGCCCUCAUCCUGACUCCCAAAGAAGAACUGCUCGUGCUCCUGCACACGACACCACACCAAGACAGCCCAGACGACAGACACAUCACAUGAGUGCAUGUUUCGAUGCGUAUCUGUGUGUGCUGGUCCCUCCCUCCGCUCCCUCCCUCCCUCCCUCCCUCCCCACUGACCUCGAGUGCCUGGUCGCGUUGCCUGUGCCGCACCCACUCGUCGUAUUCCGCCUCGAUCUCCUUGAGUUUGGUCAGGGCUGCGUCGUACUCGGCCCUCUCGGCGUCGUUGUGGGACGACUGCUGCCUGAGGGCCGCCAGCUGCCGCUCGUGUGCGUCCCUCUUGUGUCGGAGCGUCUCGAGCUGCUCCUGGCGGUACUUGACCUGCUCGGCCAGCUGCUGCUUGCGCUGGGGGGCGUUCUCGAUGAGCCGCUCGACCUCCAUCCACUUCUCGCGGUGGUUGGAUGCCUGGUUCUUGACGAUGCGGAGGUUCUCCUGGCUCUGCUUGAGGAUGCCGCUCGCCUCCAGCAGCGACCGCAGCAGGGCGUCGGCCUCACGCUUCCGCUCGUUGAGCUCCUGCUCCUUCCGAACCGCACCCUCGUACUGCGUCUCGAUCUCCUUGGCGUCCUCCUGGAUCUUACGGAUCUCAGACGCAAAGUCCUCGGCAUUGACGUUGAGCCCGCCGCGAGUCAGCCCCUGGGCCUCCAGCAGCGUCCGCAUCUGGCCCACAAAGGCGCGGGAGGCCUGUGCAGCCUGCGAGAGGGCCUCCCUUUUGCCUUCGAAGCGCUCAAACUCCUUGAGGAAUUCGUCGAUGCGGUCGAGGGACAGCGCCAGGCCUCUCGUGCGGUCGACGACGAGCUCCUCCUUGGCCUUGAGCCGCUCGUUCUCGCCCUUGAGCAGCUCCUUGUGCACAUCGAACUGACGCUCGGCGUGCUCCAGCAGCACCUUGGUGAUCGUCAGACGCUGCUGCAGCAGGUCCAACGACAGCGGGAAGGACGGGCACGCAAUGGACGAUGCCGCCUUCUUGUCCACGCCGCCACGAGACACCACUCGCAUGCUGGCCGCGGCCGCAGAGGCCCCUCCGCCAGUGCUGGAGCUGCUGGCCAUCGAGUUGGCCCGUGUGCCCAUCUGUGCGCGGGAGGUCGGUUGGGCUGACUGCUGCUGGUGCGUCGGGGGCACCGAUGGCGAUGCGGGAGAGUCCUCCUCGCCCCAGGGCACGUGGAGCAGAGCGACAGCUGCGAGGGUGCGGACCAUGUCGGUGGCGCCCCAGCUGAGCUGGUGCUCGAUGGCCGGCAGCAGGCCGUGCUUCACCACCAGCUCCGCCACGUCUUCACGGGGGCUGGGGGUAGACGGGCCCCCACCAGCAGCGGCGGACCCCGCCUCGUGUGACGAUGACGCCGCGCCACUAGCUGCUGCUGCUGCUGCUGCUGACGAGGGCUUGUCUGUGGUGGCCGCUGCCGCCUUGGUGACGAGUACCGACACGAACCAGCAGACGAAGAACGUCACUGCAGGGAUGGCGUCCUCGCCCUCGGGCUUGUCGCCACUGCUGGUGACGAGCUGGGCGAUCCUGGCCAUGUUGUUGCCCUUGCACACGAGCCUCAGCUGCCGAUACUCGAGGCCUGGCGGCGAGUUGGGACCGCUCUGUAGGUCCUUUGGCAGCAGCUCCAGGGACAUGGCUGCCCGCUGGGCCGUCUCGGGGUGUGUGAAGCGGUGGUGCUUGAGGAGGGUGGCGAUCAUGAGGCCGCUCAGCAGUCGGGCGAGUGGGUUUGGGGACUGGUAGAAUGCCGCCAGGACCUCCAUGCCGAUGCCGUCUGCCUCUGAGAGGGCGCUCUGGAUCUCGGGCAGCGCCAUGGCGAGCCAGAGCAGCAGGGCCAGGAAGUCGUGGAGGGUCGUGUACUUGGGGUCACGCAGCAGACGCCGGAACUGCACCAUCCCGCCGUCGUUACGGAAGAACACCAACAGACUCGUCGGACCUGCCAACCAAAAAAAGGCCGGCAUGGCCUGCUGUGAGAAUGAAUGUGUGUGUGCUCACUGUGUUCGACGAGGGACAGGCAGAAGAAGUGGGCUGACGACACGAGGGCUGCCGGGGGCUCACCGUCUGCACACGGAGAGUGUCUACCAGGAAUUCUGCUGCCCAUUAUCAUAGCUCUGCCUCUGUGAGCGCUGACCUCCGAUGUUUUUCUCGAGUAUUGAGAUGACGACUGACAGGGCACUGAACUCAAUCAGCAGCUGACGGCUACCUGAUACCCGACAGCGUACACAUGAAUGGAAUGCACAUGGUGCCGUCCCCCGUGUCUGUGGUGAUCUAUCGGAGCGGACCUUCUUUGGAGAGGAGCUGCUUUAAAAUGGUGCACAGUCGAGUGUGGAGAUCACUGUUGUUGGUGUCCCCCUGCACACAGACAAACAGCACAGAGAAAGGAGGUGACGCUGAUGGCCGUUGCCGGCAUGGUUGCAUGUCUUUGCUUGACUGACCAGGUCGAGCAGUGCGCUAAGGACAGAGGGGUGACAAAUACGAAACAGAUUCACUUCGUUGGCCGCCAAACUGAAGUAACAAACCCAUGGCAUGUUCACAUCGCCUGCCCCGCUCUGUGUGCGUGCGCGUGUCUACCGCUGCAGAUGUGAGACGAGCGUGACGGUGCCAUCGGGCUCGCGACAGCACUGUGACCAACAAGCAGCGACGUGGCUGUGUCUUGUGUGUGUCGGUCAUGUCUGUGCGUGUUUGUUACCAGGAAUCUAGCGACGACCACUGUGGCCUCCUCUGCGUCAAGAAAGGUCCAUAUGUUGCCGUCGUUGAUCACCGCAUCAAUCUUGAGCAAACUCUGACCGAUCAGCCAGCACAGCAAAAGCGACACAGACACCCAGCCGGUGACCCCACCCCCUCUGCACCACAUUCAUUCGUCUCUGCAGUGGCUACCUGGAGGUAUUGUUCGAGUGCCUGCCUCCGCCGCUCCACAAAGGUCAGAUCCAGAUUGCCAAACAGCUUCUUGGCAGGCAACUGAUCAACACAACACAGACAGCAUCAUGCCGUCAGUCAUUGCGUGUGGAAGAGGGAGCAUCUCUCUCUCUCUGUGUGUGUGUGUGUGUGGACCUCUGGGAGUCCCUCGAUACCAAGACGGCGCAACUGGACACAACACACGCAUGAGCCAAAUGAAGCAACCACUCCCUAUUUGCCCUCGUGCUGAGCUGCUCCUCCCCCUCCCUGCCAUACCCGUGCAUGUAAGUCGGCGAAGUUCUUGAAUCGGCGUGUGGCCGUCGUCACCUUGCCGCAAUCUUCAAGCUCGAUGAUGUAGUCCUGUCGACACGCACAGGCGCACACGAAAUCCCUCAACAGCGUGGCCACAUGCACCUAGAUGUGCGCACGCACCGUGUGUUUGGCUCCAAACGUGUUGCUGACGCAGCUGGUUCGCGGGAUCCUCGUCGAUAUGGGCUGGUCAUCCGCACUUCGCCUGACGACGCUUGACGCUCCUCCCGCCUCAUGACCUGCGACGGGCGUCUGUUGAUCGUACUCAGACAUGGCCACAAGAUAAGAUUGGUGCACUGGCCGACUCAAAUCGCUAAGUGGUAGGUCACUCAGAGAAUCAGCGUCGAGGUUGGUUGGCC